CAAAAACCGGUAAUGCGACAGCCAUCCGCCCAUCACAUCACUUUCUCCGCACCUCCACACAAAAAUGGCCUCAGACCCAGAAGAUCAGCCCAGCACGAAGCGGAAACACCAAAAGCACCUCAAAGGUCACGAGAUGAUCACCAAGACGAUCAAAACACCGCCCUUCAGCUACGUUCACCUCCAACUAAUUUCGGAUGCAGACAGCGUCAAAGAUCUCGAUUCACUUACGGUUCGGUCUCACAUCACGGCUGCUCUGACGCAAUUCCUCGGUGUCACUGGAGCGGCCAUCUCGAUUGAUAUCUUGAAGGUGGAGGGCACGGAGUGCUGGAUUAGGGUUCCGAGGGAGGAUCUGAGUCCGGUUGUAGCAGCGGUUGGGGGAUGGGUUGGAGGCCCCGGGUACGGUACCGCGGGGAAAGUUGGUUGGAAGGUCAAGGGGAGUGGGAACUGGCUGAGUGUUCUGGUUGGGGGGAGAAGCAAAGCGGGUAUCUGGAACGAGUGAACAUCACGAUGGUCUUGCGAACGAAGAAGCUGAAGAGUUGAUUCAGAGCCUCCAUUUAUGGGUGUUUUAGGCGCCGGGCUAUGCUGUGUAUCUACUUUUACAAGUGGUUACCUGUCUUACUACCCAAAUUGGACCCAAUGAUGUUUCCAGCCGCUCUACAUAUUCACAAACCUUAUUCUCCAGCGGCGAAUGUGUCGGAUUCGCCCAAGAGCAUCAUAUCAUCUCAUAGACAGCCUUUCUAGACGAAUGGAGACUUUAAGUCAUUGACAUU